AUGGAAGGCUAUGCGUCCGACGAUCCAGGCCCAGCCUUUUGCAUCGGCCACCAUGAACACAAUCGAUUCACAGCGGUGACCCCGCAGAUGAUCAUGAAGGUCCACGAGGCCAAUUAUGAUAUGUUGACGGUGCCUAUCACGACACCUCAUUUCCAUUCUCGGGUCUUGGGAUUGCUGUCUUCAUUUCUAUCCAAUCUGCAUUCGCCCUCAUAUGACAACGUUGGGACGAUGGCCUCCUCGCAGAACGGCCAUUUUCUAACUGUGCCACCAUUGUCUAAACUGGACUCGCAUCUGACUCCCAAUGAUGCUACGAGCCAGAUUGUCGGUGUAACCAGUAGCUGGAUUGACCUGUGCUCUCCAGAUCCGUUGAUCGCUGACCUGUCCCGGCAAGUCCUUCUACUGGAGGUCGCGUAUGCUGCUUUUUGUGGCAUCGGAUAUCUACUGGUGCCUGGCCCUAAAUUGCACCAUGGGGGUCUCCACUCAGAGGGUGUAGUCUACUACGCUCGAGCUAUCCAAGAGGCCCUCAACCUCGGACCCUACAUUCAAUUUCACAUCUGGCUCCGAAUGACCGACAACCCUGACCUGGAAGUUGAUACCAUGGGAGAUCUGGCGCCGCUCGCCCGAGAGGAAUAUCUGCAGCCAGACGAGGGAUUCACACCAAAGACUGAUUUGUUCGGUACCUGGGAUGCAUGGGACCUGAUUCGCAAGACUUCCAAGUAUCAUACCAGACUGCUUGUAGCUCUGUCAAUGCCAAAACAAUUGCCUUCCCUGACUGUGCAAUCGCGAUGGCACUCGGAACCCGUGCAUCUGCUGACAAUUGAUGCUUCAUGCUUUUUGAAGAACCAAAAGGGUUACCCGGUUCUCUCCAGAGCCCAUCAAUCCUUGAUCGCAAAGAUGAUGCGCCUUCGAACUGUUCCGUGGAUUCUUCUAUGUGACGUCGGCCCGAUCCCCGGAAUCGAGGAUGCAGAUGAUGUCGAGGGCAACAAGUCGCAGCUUUCUGGAUCUGAGUACCCCAGCUUGGCACAAGGUGCAGGCUCGGCCAAAAAGCAUUACGAUCCCACACCGCACCUCUCAUAUGUACGAAACUUGCAACAGCGUCAGCCGGCCAGAACUCCAAUCGAGCGUUUUGGUGUGGGUUAUCAGGACUACUUGCAGGCUCCUCUGCAGCCACUGACCGUGAAUCUUGAAAGUAUCACUUACGAAGUUUUCGAGAAAGAUCCGAUCAAGUACGAAUGGUAUGAGCGAGCAAUUACGAAGGCAUUGAAGGACUGGGCCGACCAAAAAAAGCCUACAUCUCACCCAGAUGGGAAGGUAAUCCUUGCCGUUGUGGGUGCUGGUCGCGGGCCACUGGUGACUAGGGCACUUAAGGCCAGUGAAGAGGCGGGGGUAGAGAUCGACCUUUGGGCAGUUGAGAAAAACCAGAAUGCGUUUGUUCUGCUGCAGCGACACAAUGACACGACUUGGGGAGGCAAAGUAACGCUGGUCCAGUCUGACAUGCGGAGCUGGAAGGGACCACGUGUGGGGCAACAGGCUAACCAGGACCCUGUAGGAGAGUCUCUGGGAAUCGAGGACUCUCUGCUAUACACGCCUAAGAAGGGCGAGAAUGACCCGGGCAGCGCAACGAAAUUUUCCAAUCCCACCGCCGCGCCAGCCUCGUACACCCAUGUUGACAUAGUGGUGUCUGAGUUGCUCGGCUCAUUCGCAGACAACGAGCUUUCCCCGGAGUGUUUGGAUGGAAUUAAUGAUCUCAUCAACCCCGUGCAUGGGAUCUCCAUUCCGGCUUCAUACUCAGCUCAUUUGACCCCGGUUUCUGCUCCUAAACUGCACUCGGAUGUGAUGAACCAAACUGUCUCCAACCUGGCGGCCCCGGAAACUCCUUAUGUGGUUAUGCUACAUGCAAUCGAUUUCCUUUCAACUACUGAAACUACCAUUAGCUGUGACGCCGGAAGUCAGAACACAGCAAACCGUUCGUCGUCGAGCGCACCUGUCACUGCUACUGAGUUUCCAAAGCCCUUUGUGCAACCGGCUUGGUCUUUCUCGCACCCGAAUCGUAACAUUCCACCCCAGCCUCCAUCCCGGUCUACGAUCCCCAAUUCGCACAACGUGCGGCAGACUCGCUUGUCUUUUCCUGUCCAGAACCGAGGUGCUUGCCACGGUCUGGCUGGAUACUUCGAAACUGUUCUCUACGGGGACGUCGAGCUGUCGACCAACCCUGUCACAAUGGAGGAGAAGAGCGCCAGUAUGAUCAGUUGGUUCCCUAUUUAUUUCCCAUUGAAGACCCCCCUGAACGUCCCCGACAAUGGCGAGGUCGUUGUCACCAUGUACCGUCAGACCGACGACCGCAAGGUGUGGUACGAGUGGAUGGUUGAAGUCUUUGCACUUGAGCGUACCUCGGAAUGUGCGACCAAGCCUGCUGCGCCGUCCAUGAGUGGUGCCCGCUCGGGAUCACCCAGUGUUGAAAGCCUCAAAAUCAAGGAUAACCAGACAAAGAAGCCGAGUGGUGUCACCAGCAAGACUGAAUACCGCCGCGUGCGAGUUGGCAUGAGUGACCUUCACUCAAGCAUUAAGGACGGUUGUCUCAUGUGA